GCUGUCUGCUGACUUCAAAUUCGAAGCAGGAGUUGACAAUGCUUGUCUUAAUAGUUUUACUUUCACAAGUCUGGGUAGGAGAAUUUAGAAAUCUGGAAGACUACUUUUUACUUGUUGGAUUGGAUAGAUUUAAUCGCGGCAAUGGAUCUCUACUAGAAUCUGUCAUUACCUUCUUUUUCGAAACGUUGCUCGCUGUUGAUAACCAGAAUCUAACAAGUAGCAUUAGCGAGAAAUCAUUCGAUCGGACCCAAGCUUGUAUGCAAGCGUGGGUUAUGGAUCGAGUAGUCUUACGUCCGAGUCCAAUGGAUCCUUAGCUGCCUUCCCUGCAAGCUCAUGGAUGGCCCGAUGUAGCAGCUCGCCAGCUCGUGUCAUGUGAGCAAGCGCAACACCAACCAGCUCAUCGAUGAAGCAGCUGACAAGCGCUUCCCGGCAAGGUCGCCACGGCCGCGCCCUCCACCUCUUCUUCACCCACCUCCGCCUCCAACCCAGCGACCGCGGCAAGGUGGACAUCCACCCCGCGGCAGUCCCCACGGCCCUCCGCGCCUGCGCGCGCCUCGGCGACGCCACCUCCGGCCGCCUCAUCCACGCGCUCGUCCUCACUCGGCCGUCGCUCGCCUCCGACGCCGUCACCGCCACUGCGCUCCUCGACAUGUAUGCCAAGUGCGACCUCGUCGCCAGCGCCCGCCGGGUGUUCGACGAAAUGCGUCUAAGGGACGACCUCGUCGCCUGGAACGCGCUGCUCGCGGGCUACGCGCGCCACGGCCUCCCGGAGCGCGCGCUGGCGCUGGCCGUCAAGAUGCGGGGCCAAGGCCUGCGCCCCGACCUGGUCACCUGGAACGCCGUCGUCUCGGGUUUCGCGCUGGCCGGCGACGACCAGAUGACCGGGGACUUGGUCCGCACCAUGCAAGAGGACGGGUUCCAGCCGGACGUGGUCACCUGGACAUCGCUUGUUUCCGGGUCAGUGCUGAACUUUCAGUACGACAGGGCACGCACGUUGUUCCGGAGAAUGGUGGCCGCCGGCACCCGCGUCCUGCCAAGCUCGGUCACGAUCGCUAGCAUCCUGCCUGCGUUCGCCAAUGUCGCCGACAUGAAGCGUGGCAAGGAAGUCCAUGCCUACGCCAUCCUGACCGGAGUCGAGCAGGACCUCACAGUGAGCAGUGCUCUGGUCGACAUGUACGCGAAGUGCGGGCUUGUGCUCGAGGCGCGCCGGCUGUUCGACAAGAUGGCCGACAGAACCACGGUGACAUGGAACUCCAUGAUCUUCGGGCUGGCGAAUUCUGGUCACUGCCAAGAAGCCGUCGGUCGCUACGACAGGAUGCUUUCCGACGGAGCAACGCCAGAUCACCUGACGUUCACCGCCGUUCUGAUGGCUUGCAGCUAUGGCGGCAUGGUCGAGCUCGGGAAGGGCCUGUACCGCGCCAUGCAGGAAGAGCACGGCAUCCAGCCGAGGCUGGAGCACUACGCCUGCAUGGUCCAUUUGCUUGGUCGAGCCGGGAGGCUCACCGAGGCGUAUGAUUUCAUCAGAGCGAUGCCCCUGGAGCCCGACUGCUUCGUCUGGGGGGCGUUGCUGGGAGCCUGCCGGAGCCAUGGCAACGUCGAGCUUGCAGAGCUGGCGGCGUCGCGGUUGCUGACCAUCGAGCCGGCUAAUGCGGCGAGCUGCCUGCUGUUCUCAGGCGCGCUGGCGAGCGCAAGCAGGCAUGAUGAUGUUCGCAAGAUCAAGAAGCUGGUGAAGAGACGGCGGAUGAAGAAGCUCGAUGGUUGCAGCUGGUUAGAGGCUCCUUAGCCAAGGGCAUUAUCAGCAAUACACCAUCAGAGGCGAACAGAAUUAAUGGAUCAUGUAUAGCACAGAAUAGCAGGACCAAAUGCGCCAGCGAGCUCAGGUGAUCUACUUGUUAGUGCAGGACUUCCUGCAGAAGAGGGAGAGAGAGAAGUUUGAGGAGGAGGAGGCUGAGAGGCAGAAAGAGGAGGCGAGGAAGAAGAGGGCCAAGGCGAGGAAGAAGAGAAGAAAUUAUUGAUUU